CGCUACAGACACACUCACACACAGUGUGCCUAAGCAAAGAAACGCUCCAGCGCCAAGUCUCUCAGACUCCUGAAGUAGGAGCGACUCAGUAGAAGCUUCUGUAUCAAAGGAGGAGAGACGCUCCCUCAGGGAUUGACCGCUUGCAUCGGCCGAGCAAAAAGGCUCCACGUUUUGGACAGUCUCGUUAUGCAGCAACAGAGGGAUUCAGAGCUUUUCUGACAGGAUUCUGAAAUGCCAAAGUGGAAGGAACUCUGAACCAACAGCGUUAACUGACUUUCUGCAGUUUGCAUUUGAUAUGCACUGACACUGCGCGCUUUUUCCAGCCUUGUUUUUACUUCAUGCACAACCAAGAGUUUUGUGGGAAUGUUACAGCCAGAUACCUUUUGUAAAGAACUGCUGUGCGAUUUGGAACAUCACCUGGAAAAGAUAAAUGGCUGUUAUUUCAUAAAUUGAGAUUGCAUCCCACUGCGGCGCAUUUUCUCGAAGUUUUUGGACUUUUUCAGAGAGUUGCACAAAUCGACGGCGGUGGUACCCCACGAGACUGGCUGCAGAGACGAUUUCUCAGUCCAUGGAUUGUGCAGCCCUGGGACCUUGUCAAACCUGAGAACGUCAGGCGACGUUAGGUGAAGCCACGUUUAUAAAAUCCGUGCGUAAAAAUAACAUUGGCCAAGGCAGCCCUCAUUGCCGGGCGCGUGACAUAUCAAACUUGGUGAAGUGCUCUUUUGUGCGCCCUUCUCUCUGUGUGUGGACGCUCCGGAUCUAUUCUGUCUUUUUAGAAAACACUUCAUUCCAUGCAGCUCUCGCUUCGGCCGCUGUCAUCCAGUGUAGACAGUUCGUCGUGGCUUCGAGUCCCCGGGGUAACCAUGACAACCGAAAGAAACCCAAAGUGAAUCCAAGGGAGCGGGUGAGGCCGGAGAGAGCGUGAAUAGACUUUUCCCCAUUUUGUUUGGUGUUUUUGUGUGUGUUUAGACUACACACUUUUUUUGCAAAGCAGAGGCUCUGCUCCGCGCUGCAGGAUUGGAAAGUUGAAGGAGUGCGCCCAAUGUCAUUCAAACCCGGCGCGGUCUAUUAAAAGUAUUGCCUUGCUGGUGACUGAACUUCUACUAUAUAUGAAGCCCCGGGCAAGUGAUUGCAGAGAAAACAGAAACCGGGAAAAGAACUUGAUUUAAUUUACGCGAGAAGAGCCCGUGCGUAAAAAAGGGAGGAAUAAUGGGCCUCUCACAAACGCUUCUCUUCUACCUGCUGCUGUGCGUCCACCUUGGAGUUUCCCAGCAUUACCUUCGCCUCCGUCCAUCGCCCAGUGAUCACCUCCCCGUGCCCGACCUCAAGGAGGACCCCGACCCGGAGUACGACCCCCGUGAGCAGGACUUGGCCGAGAGGACUCUGAGGAGAAAACUUGGCAGCAACUUUGACCCAAACUUCAUGUCCAUCAGCUCGCCUAUGCUGGUGAACCUCUCCGCAGCAGACAACCAGGUGAAGCUGCAGGGGCCCAUGCCCAACGAGAUUAAAAAGCUGGACCUGACUGAGACCCCCUAUGGGAAGCGGGUUAAAGUGGGCAAGAAGGCCCGCAGGAAAUUUCUGCAGUGGCUGUGGACCUACACGCACUGUCCUGUGGUGUACACCUGGAAGGAUUUGGGCGUGAGGUUCUGGCCGCGCUACAUCAAGGAGGGGAACUGUUUCUCUGAGCGCUCGUGCUCCUUUCCCGAGGGGAUGUCUUGCAAACCCGUCAAGUCAAUCAACAAGAUUUUUCUGCGGUGGUAUUGUCAAGGGUUUCUAAAACAGAAAUACUGUACGUGGAUACAGGUGCAAUACCCAAUCAUCUCAGAGUGCAAGUGCUCGUGCUGAUUCUCUCUAAGGAAUGAGUGGUGGUCGUCGCGGGGGGAGUGGACUGGAAAUACGGUUUCUAUUGCACUGUUAACUCUCUACAGAGGUGGGCACCAUAGCAAAUCUAUUUUUUUAUAUAGCAUUUUAAGUGAAAUACCAACAUUGUACAUAUUUAAGAAAAUGCAGCUAUUUUUUCUAAUUGAACCAGGACCAUAUUUUAUUCUCAACCCUGAAACGUGUUUUGGGGGGAACACGAGCACUUCAGAAGGAAGAGCUUUUUUGAUAUUUUUAUGAGACAUUGAAGAUGGAAUGCAUAUGCUACACCUCUCCAAGAGGUGACCUUUUUUUUCAACAGAACAUUGAUGCUGACUGUUAUUUCACUGCAAUGCUGCCUAGAGUUUUUGUAUAAUAUUAAUAUCAAUAAUAAUUAAAUUGUAAAAAAAAAAGAAAGUUGAGGUUAAAAAUAUAUAUAAAGGCGUGAACUCAGCUUUUUUGGAAUACAUAGUAUUGUAGAAAUAAACAAAUCUGUACGUUUUAUUUAUUAUUUUAACGAUUGUGAGUAUAGAGCAUAAAGAAAGAGAAUAGCAGAGUAUACCAGAAAUAAAUAUGGGAGAUGUUUACUUGAAUAUUUCUAAAAACUGAAAAAAAAUUCAAUAAAAUAAAUAAAAAAGUAAAACAUAUCAGUGUACAUGUUAUGUUUACACAUUUUAGCAAUAAAGACUGUUUUCAACGUGUUUUAGUGUCAAGCCAUGUUGCUUACUACGAGUGUCUGUAUCCGGGGGGCGUGUACACAGAACAGUUUCAUCUGACAAUGCUUUCUCAUUUAGUCUUCACAAAUAUCCUGGUAAGAGAAAGUCUGCUGAUGGCUCAUAACAUGUUUUCUUGUUGGCAAAA